AUGAAGCGAGAUUUUCGGCUCACCGCACUUCAUGGGUUCAAAUUCAUAAAGCAGGCACCGCAACAGCCAAUAUGCACUGCACUUGGUGAAAUUGCACCUACUCCGAGGAUAGUGCAAAUAUGGUUCAGCCUUUUCAAAUGUGGGGAACUGACCGUUGAUGAAAAGCCUCGAUGCGGACAUCCUUUAUAUGUUAUAGAAGAGCACUUACUGCAAGCCGUUGAUGAAGACCCUAGUUUAGCUAUGCUAAAUCAUCAGCAGGCCUGGGUAUCUGCUAGCACAGUUCGUAGCCAUCUCCAUGAAAAUGGCAGAGUAAAAAACUAG